AUGUCUUACACGGCUCAAUUGGAUGCGUUUGUAUCGCGUCUUAACGAAGAUGCGGACUAUAAGACCUCCCAUUCCGUGUUGUCGGAGCUUCUUGACAUGAUUGAAACGUUCAAUGGAGCUUCAGAGUAUGAGUAUUUCUUGUCGAAUCUCAUGCCAAUUUUCAUUCAACGUUUGAAAGAGGUACCUAUUUCAUUCAAUAGUAAUUCUCUCGAGCACAAGUUACGUAACUCUAUAUUGGAGAUUAUCCAUCGUUCUAUCAUGAAUGAGACAUUUGAACCAUAUUCAGAACAAAUUCUUAACACUUUAACUACCAUUUUAGUUGAUGAAAAUGAAGAUAAUGGGGUAUUGUGUAUGAAAAUCAUUACUAGUUUACACAAGGCUUACAAGACAAAAUUAAAUGAAAAAGUCCAACCUUUUGUGGAUAUUAUCAAUGACAUUUAUAAGAACAUGAAUCAAACAGUUCAAGAGGUGUUUGCUACUUCUACUGAUGAACUGCAGGAUGCAAGUAACAAGGAAAUGUCGCCAAAUUCUUCCACUUUUACUGAUGAUACAUCUCCUCCAAAGACUUUGGCUAAAGCUAUGUAUUCUUUCAAAACAUUAGCAGAAUGUCCAAUCACCAUGGUUUCUUUGUAUUCUUCAUACAAAAAUUUAGUACAAACUUCAUUACCAACAUUUCUUCCAAAUAUUAUUAAUAUCUUAACUUUACAAGUGGAAGAACAACGUUUGUUUAGAGAGGAAGCAGAAAAGGAGGGUAGAAUUAUUACUUCAAUCUCACCCAAAAUUAAGAAUAGACAAGCUUUUAGUGAUCUUAUCUUGGGUCAGGUGAAAGCUGCAUCAUUUUUAGCGUAUGUUUUCAUUAGAGGAUAUGCUAAUCAACAACUUGGUCAAGAACAAGCUAAGUUAGUACCUGAUGUGAUACUUCGUCUUUUACAAGAUUGUCCUGCUGAACUUUCAGUAGCAAGAAAGGAAUUAUUACAUGCCACAAGACAUAUUUUAUCUACUCCAUUUAGAGUUCAAUUCAUUCCAAAGAUUGAAUUAUUAUUUGAUGAAAAAGUUUUAAUUGGUGAAGGGUUGACUUCAUUUGAAACCUUAAGACCUUUGGCUUAUUCCACAGUUGCUGACUUCAUCCAUAAUGUUAGAAAUGAAUUAACUCCAAAGCAAAUUUGGUCAACUGUUAGAAUAUACUGUGAUUUACUUAAAGAUGAUUCAUUGGCAUUGACAGUUCAAAUCAUGAGUGCUAAAUUAUUACUUAAUUUGGUUGAACGUAUUAUGAAACUUCCCAAUAAACUUGAAGGUAGACAACUUUUCAUGAUCAUUAUCGAUUCAUAUGCCAAGAGAUUUCAAAGUUUGAACAGGAAAUAUGAUUAUAUUCUCAAUAAGCAUAAUGAAUUUGAAAAGAGAAGAUCUAAGAAAGAAACUGAGGCCAAAAAGGCUAUUCAACGAUACAGUCCUAAACGUUCUGACAGUUUACAACUUCAGUCCAACCUUGAAGUACUUGCCAUUAAGAAUUCCGCAGAAGAUGACGUGGAUAUGGAUGAUAUACAAGAAGUUGAUGAAAAAUCUAAAACUGUAACUGAGGGAACUGUUGUCGGAAAGAUUAACGAGGAUGAAGAUAUGGAAGAUGCAGAAAGUACCAAAAAUAUAACCUCGGAUACCGACACAAUUGAUUUGUUCAAUAUUGAUGAGCUUUCUCCUAUUUCAUCUUCCCCAGUGAGUUCCAAUACUGAUCUUUUGAAAGAUGCUCGUUACUUAUUCCGUACUUUGAUGACGUUUUUGAAGUCAGUAAUCUUUGGUCUUAAGAACUGUAAUCCACCGGUUCCACCACAACCACUUCCAACUGACCCUAAAACUGCUGGCCAGACUGUGAAUUAUGACAAAUGGAAUGAUUCAGCUAAGAUUACCUCUUACGAAGAGGUUGCUAUUUUGAGGAACUUAUUUAGAGGCGGGAUUAGCUGCUUGAGAUUCUUUUCUGUAGCAAAACCCAAACCAACUACACCUCAACCAAAAUCUUUUGAUUUCUCAACCGGUGGUCCAAACUUACCAAUAACUUCGUCCAAGGAAGAAAAGGAUUUAAUGGAAAUUUUUGCAACCAUAUUUAUCCACAUUGACCCUGCUUCAUUCAAUGAAAUCGUUACUUAUGAACUUUCAUUCAUGUUUGAAUCUAUGCUUGAGAAUGCUGCAUUACUUCAUUUGCCCCAAUUCUUCUUGGCCAGUGAAAUCACCUCUGCCAACUUUUCUGGAAUAUUGAUAUCAUUUUUAAAAUCAAAAUUGGAUCAACUUGGGAGAGUUGAAUUGAUAAAGUCAAAUAUAUUAAUUCGUUUGUUCAAAUUGUGCUUCAUGUCUGUUAAUUUAUUCCCAGCAGCUAAUGAGAGCGUGAUAUUGCCUCACUUGAAUUAUUUAAUUUUGGAAUCAUUAAGAUUAGCAACAAAAGCUGAAGAGCCAAUUAUAUAUUCUUAUUUGGUGAGAAUUUUAUUCAGAAGUAUUAGUGGGGGUAGAUUUGAGAACUUAUACAAAGAAAUCAUGCCAAUUCUCCCAGUUUUAUUAGAGAGUCUUAAUAAGAUGAUUGCUAACUCUCGCCGUCCAUAUGAAAGAGAUAUAUACGUGGAACUUUGCUUAACGGUACCAGUUCGUCUUUCUGUUUUAGUUCCUCACUUGAACUUUUUGACCAGACCUUUGGUGUAUGCUUUAAAUGGAUCUCAAGAAUUGAUUUCUCAAGGUUUGCGUACUUUCGAAUUAUGUGUUGAUAAUCUUACUGCUGAAUACUUUGACCCAAUGAUAGAACCGGUAAUCGAUGAGAUAAUGGCUGCUUUAUGGAAGCACCUUGAACCGGUACCAUAUCACCAUCAACAUUCGCAUACUGCCAUCAGAAUUUUAGGUAAGUUAGGUGGUAGGAACCAUAAGAAUUUCAAGCCAUGUAACAGCUUGGUAUUUCAAACUGAACUCGAUCAAGAUAUUUCAGCUCUUUUCAAUAUCCAUGGCUUAAAUGGAGAAGUACCUGUGUCCAUCACCCCGGGAAUCCGUUCUGCAAUUGAUUUAUUGGAAGAUCCUAGAUUGAAAGUCCAUUACAGAAUCAGUGCCUUUAAGUACUUAUCUGGUAUCUUGAAAUUAUUCAUUAACACUACCCCUAUUCCUGAUAAUUAUGGUGAUUUCAUUCAAGAAUGUAUCAAGACACUUAAGGCUGAGAAGCUUGAUGACUACGUCCAGUUGAGUGACUCUGAUGUGAAGGAUGUUUCCAAAUUAGAUCGCCAACAGAAACUUUUCUUGCGUCUUUUGGAGAUUUUAUUCUUUUCGGUUUCGAUUCCUGAAAUCAAGGAUGAGGCAAGUGAAUUAAUUGAUGGUAUAACUACCCAUUUCUGUUUAGCCUACGUCAGUACCUCAGUGGUCGAUAGAGUUAAGAAAGAAAGACCAUUCUCCGUUAACGAUCAAGAAGGCAAGGCAUAUAUUGACGAAACUGCUUUCUUAAAUGCAAUCAACUAUGCUUUGAGUUUCUGGGACAAAGAUGUAAGAAACAAGGGUAUAGAUGCAAUUAAGAGAAUCUACAAUACCACCGUCAUUAUCUUUGGAUCGGAAGAGAAUGCAUUGUACUCUCCAAUUUUCCGUACAAUGUUUUACAAGUUCACACACUGUUGCUACAAUGAAUACUACCAUGCUAAAUUGGGAGGUAUUCUAGGACUCAAGACUUUAUUUGAGGAUUUAUCCAUCCCACCUGCUUGGUUUUUCAAGCGCCAAUUUGAGCUUGUAAGGUCCGUAUUCUUCAUUCUCAGAGAUACACCAGAAACAGCACCAUACGAAGUUCGUGAUUUAGCAAAGAAUUUAGUAUUGAAAUUGUUACACAGUUGUAACGUUGAAUUAUCGAAGGAAGUUAUUUUAGAGAAACCAUUUCAAACUCUUGUUGGUGCUCUUGUUUAUGAUUUGGCUAGUGCAAAUCCAUUAGUAAGAGAAGUUUCUCAAAAAUCGCUUAAGGUUUUGUCGGAUACAACAGGGGUUCCAGUUGCAACUAUGAUGGGACCUUGUAAACAACUCUUAUUGACACCGAUUUUCGGGAAGCCUUUAAGAGCGUUACCGUUCCCUAUGCAAAUCGGUAAUAUUGACGCAAUAACCUUCUGCUUAGGACUUGAGAAUACAUUCUUAACAUUUAAUGAUGAAUUAAAUCGUUUGCUUCUUGAAGCUUUGGCUUUAGUUGAUGCUGAAGAUGAAUCUUUGGCCAACGUGCAUAGACUUCACGAGUACAGAACAUCCAAACAAUUGAUUGAAUUGCGCGUGGUUUGUAUUAAAUUACUUUCGUUAGCACUUACCAAGCCUGACUUCUCUUUAGGGUCUUUAGCAGAAGCAAGAAUCCGAAUUUUGGGAGUUUUCUUCAAGGCUCUUUCUAAUAAAUCCACUGAAAUCAUCAAUGCUGCUCAUUUGGGGUUGAAAUCCAGUCUUCAAGAGAAUGCAAAACUUCCAAAGGAAUUGUUACAGAAUGGACUUCGUCCAAUGCUUAUGAAUCUUUCUGACCACAAGAAAUUGACUGUGUCAGGACUCGAAGCUCUUGCACGUUUGUUAGAGUUGUUAAUUUCUUAUUUCAGAGUUGAAAUCGGUAAAAAGUUAUUAGACCACUUGAUGGCUUGGGCACAAAUCAACACUCUUAGACAAAUUGCUAGUCAGGAUCUUGAAAAUAAUCAUACAGUUCAAAUUGUUAUGGCAAUCUUAAAUAUUUUCCAUCUUCUUCCAGCAAAAGCAUACACUUUUAUGGAGGAAAUCAUUGGAACUUUGCAAUAUUUGGAAGGUCACUUAGAUCGUCAUCAAAACUCACCUUUCCGUAUCCCAGUUUCUAAAUUCUUGAACAGAUUUCCAGACAACUGCUUGGAGUAUUACUUACUGAACUUUAAGAACCGUAAAUUAGGGAAUAUGUUAGCAUCCUUUGCGGGUAUGGAAGACUGUGGUCAAAUCAGAACUACAGCAAAGGCAAAGAUGCAAAGUAUUUAUGAUGAUGUUAACCUGGAGACUGAUCCUGAAAUUAAGGUUGUUAAGUUUGCUAACAUCGUUGAUUUACUCGAUGCCGUAUCUUCUCGUGAUUCGGAAUGGCUUGGGACUCAGAAAGAGCUUUUACUCAAUGUAUCAAAAUUAAUCGAGACCAUCACUUUACUGAAGUCUGCUGCUCCAUUAGUUUCACCAAGACACUUCCAGUCUGAUCAAGCCAUUUCAAAACUCCAGAAGAUUAUUGUGAAAUACUUGGUCUUGAAUCCUAGCGAUACUGAGAUGGUAUUUUCUACUGUUGAAAGACUCUCGUCGCUUCAAUUGAAGAUUCCUGCAGAAUUAGAAGACUUUAUCUUCGAGCACGUCGUCUGUUCAUCAGAUGUUGAACAUAGGGAGUUGUACUUAAAUAAGUCUAUCGUGUACAUUACUGGAGAAACUUCUAACUUGAAAUCUAAGAUCUUUUUCUUAAGACGAGUUGUGAACUCUACAUUUUUGUAUGAGAUUCACAAGAGUGGAAAUGCCGAUGCGUUCUUUAAUAAUGAAGAAUCUAAUCCUCCAGAGUGGUUAGAAAAGGUUUGCAACAAUAUUUGGCGCUCUACUAAUGAUAUCAUUACUGACCACACUUCAGGAACGAUGGAUAGUUACAGAUUCCAACUUUUAGAGAUGACAGCAAUUUUACUUAAAUGGUGCACUAAAUCUAUCUCUAAUUAUAGAAAGGACGUGAUUAAGUUCAGUUGGAAUUAUAUUAAGCUUGAAGACAAUAUAACUAAACAAGUUGCAUACGUUACCACUUCUUUUUUUAUUUCUGCUUUUGAAAUUCCAGCCAAGCUUGCCACACAAGUGUUUGUUGCUUUGCUUCGUACUCACCAAACAGACUCCAGACAUCUCGUUAGACAGGCUUUGGAUAUACUUGCCCCUGUUAUGUCUGAUCGGAUGGUGGAUGUCGAGGCUCCAAUGAGUUGGUUGAAAUGGCCACGUCGUGUCAUAUCUGAAGAUGGAUUCAAUGUGACUCAAGUUCUUAACGUUUACCAAUUUAUUGUUCAACACCCAGACUUAUUUUUUAUUGCCAGAGAACAUUUUGUAUCUAACAUUAUCACUGCUAUGGGUAAGUUGACCAUUUUAGCUAACCCUGCCUUAGAAAACCAGGUUCUUGCCAUUGAAUUAUCUGAACUUAUAUUGAAGUGGGAAAAGAAAGCAUCAUUGUUGAAAGAAUCAGAGAAAAUUGAAGAAGUCCAAGAUGAUGACAUGGAAGAUAAAGUUAGCUCUCCUAGUGAAAACGGAUCUGACUUUACUACAUCAUCUACUUACAGUAUUCCAUUCGGUCAACGUGAAGCAUGUGUGACAUUUUUGAUUAGAUAUGUUUGUAUCAGUCCACAGAGAGCAUCUGAAAGCGAACUUGGUCAAAAGGCAUUGGGAAUUCUUUAUGACCUUUUGAGUCCAGAACAUUGGUCUGAAGUUUCUGUAAAGUUAACCUUCUUUGAGAAGUUUUUAUUGUCAAACGACUUGAACACUUCUAAUUUAUUGGGAUAUUGUUUGAAUGCGUUAGAAGUCUUGGGAGUUGUGCUUGAAUGGAAGAAACCAGAAUGGAUUGUUACCAACCUUUCAUAUCUUCAAAAAUUACUUGAGAAAUGUAUCAAAUCUGAUAAUCACGAUAUUCAGGAAGUACUCCAACGUGUAUUAAGAAUCAUUCUUCAAGCCAUUAAUGAAGAGAGAGGCUCAUCGUCUACGGAUGACGAGGAGGACGAAGUCAAGGAAUUCAUUUCAUUAUUGACUUCUACUGUUUCUGAAGAUCUUGGUGACAUGCCAUCAGUCGCAGCAGGUGUUACGUUGUCGUGGACUUUGGCAAAUUACAGGCCUUCUACUUUGGACUCCCUUCUACCUCUGAUUAUGAGAACAUUCAGUAAACUCUGUAAAGAUCAUAUUACUAUUACUCAUCAAGGAUCGCAAUCUUCAUCAAAAGACAGCUCAAAUUCUGAAUUUGAAGCAAAGAUGACUACUAAGUUAUUGGAAAAGAUCCUCAACUUGUCAUCUAUGAGAAUUUCUAACUUGGGAGAUCAACGUCGUAUAUUUUUGUCAUUGCUAGCCCAACUUAUUGAAAGAUCCUUAGAUAAGGCUACUCUUGAAAAAAUUAUAAAGAUGGUUAAAGAUUGGGUCUUUUCUAGAACUGAUUUAUUCCCAACCACAAAAGAAAAGGCUGCUAUUUUAGCAAAAAUGAUGGUAUUUGAAAUCAGAGGAGAACCUACCCUUUCUAAAGACUUUUAUCAAAUUAUUGUGGAUAUCUUUGAAGAUGACACCUUUAGCUGUACUGAAUUGACUGUACGCAUGGAACAACCGUUCUUAGUUGGAACCAGAUCUGCUGAUGUAUCCAUUCGUCGUAAGCUUAUGUCGAUUUUGAACAACAGUUUGGAGAAGGACAUAAGCAAGAGAUUAUAUUAUGUUAUUAGAGAGCAAAAUUGGGAAUAUUUAGCUGACUACCCUUGGUUAAACCAAGCUUUGCAAUUACUUUUCGGCGCCUUUGACAUGGAUAACAAGGUUAAACUUGUUGCAGACGAAUAUACCUUACCACCAUUGGAUACUUCGCGUCAUCUCUUAGAAUCCCAAAAGAAGGACUCUCUGGAUAGUAUGGAUAUCGACACUGAAGAAGUUACCGCUGACCUUAAAGAAUUGAUUAACCAGCAUGGUAAAUUCUUGCAGAAAAUCUUCGAUAUAAAAGCAGUAGAAAUUUUGGAGCCACUUAUCGACAUGUUCUACCAAAGUAGCAGUAGUAUUCACCGUGCUUGGUCUAUCAUUUUCCCAAUUGCAUUUCAAUCUAUUGCCCGCUCAGAGCAUUUGGAUUUCACUCGUUUCUUGGUCAUUCUUUUAUCAAAAGAUUAUCAUACUCGUCAAACUGACAGCAGACCAAAUGUUAUUCAGUCAUUGCUUGAAGGUGUUGCUAGAACUUCCUUACAACUUCCACCAUUUGCCGUGGAAUGUCUUGCUUCUAACUUCAACUCUUGGUCUCAAGGUAUUCAUAUCUUAGAGAACAUCGAACAACAAUCGGUCAAUGGUAAUGCCGAUAUCCGUGAAGUUACCCAAGAUGCGCUCGCUAAAUUGUAUUCUUCUUUGAAGGAAGAUGAUAUGUUCUAUGGUUUGUGGAGAAGACGUGCCAAAUACUCUGAAACAAUUGCAGCACUUUCUUUUGAACAAAUCGGUUUAUUUGAUAAGGCUCAGCAACUUUAUGAGACAGCCCAAAUUAAAGCAAGAAGUGGGGCUUUACCAUACGGUGAAUCAGAAUAUGCACUCUGGGAAGAUCAUUGGAUCUUGUGUGCUGAAAAACUUCAACAAUGGGAUAUUCUUACUGAACUUGCUAAACACGAAGGUUUCUCUGAUUUACUUUUGGAAUGUGGUUGGAGAGUAGCAGAUUGGAAUACCGAUCGUGAAACUCUCGAUCAAACAGUGAAGAGUGUAAUGGACGUUCCGACACCACGUCGUCAAGUUUUCGAAACAUUCUUGUGUUUACAAGGCUUUGGACAAGAAAAGGAAUCAUUACAAGACUUAUCAAAGCUUUGUGAUGAAGGUAUCCAGUUAGCCUUGAGAAAAUGGCACGGGUUACCACAGAGAUUUAACAAUGCUCACAUUCCACUCUUGCAUACAUUCCAACAGUAUGUGGAAUUUAUGGAAGCUAGUCAAGUCUAUGCUAGUUUAGUCACUACGAAUGCUCAAAACUUAGAUGUCAAAUCGCAAGAACUUAAACGUGUUCUUCAAGUUUGGCGUGAAAGAUUACCAAAUACUUGGGAUGAUAUUAAUAUUUGGAAUGAUUUAGUUACUUGGAGACACCAUGCAUUCCAGGUUAUCAACAAGGUUUACAUGCCUUUCAUUCCAUUGCUUCAACAGACAAAUGCCGGUGGAAAUGCCAAUUCUUAUGCUUACCGUGGUUUCCACGAAAUUGCUUGGGUCAUUAACAGAUUUGCACACGUGGCAAGAAAACAUGGGAUGUCUGAAGUUUGUGAUAGUCAAUUGAAGAAGAUAUACCAGCUUCCAAACAUUGAAAUCCAGGAAGCUUUCUUGAAACUUAAAGAACAAGUUAAAUGCCACUACCAAAAUCCAAAUGAGUUGCAUAAAGGGUUAGAGGUAAUCAGUAAUACUAAUUUGGUAUAUUUUGCUGUGCAGCAAAAGGCAGAAUUCUUCACAUUAAAGGGUAUGUUCUUAAGUAAAUUGAAUCAAAAGGAAGAAGCCAACAAAGCUUUCUCUGCUUCUGUUCAAAUUGACCUUAAUUUACCUAAAGCAUGGGCUGAAUGGGGUAUGUUCAACGACCGUAGAUUUAAGGAAAAUCCUAAUGAUAUGGUCUAUGCAAACAAUGCUGUUAUGUGCUACUUACAAGCUGCUGGUCUCUAUAAGAAUGGUAAAACAAGAAAAUUCCUUGCUAGGAUUUUAUGGUUUAUCAGUUUGGAUACAGGAACUCUUGCGCAAGAGUUUGAUAAGUUCCAAGGUGAAGUUCCAGUUUGGUACUGGAUCACUUUUAUUUCCCAAUUGCUUACUUCAUUAUCUUACAGGGAAGCUAGAUUGGCAAAGCAAAUUCUUAUUCGAAUUGCUAAGAGCUACCCACAGGCGUUACACUUCCAACUUCGAACUACGAAGGAAGAUUUUGCCGCCAAACAAAGACAGUUUAUUGACUCUCGUCAAAGCUCCAGCAGAGGCAGCUUACCUGUCAAGAACGAGGCGCCAAAGCCCGAGGUCAAAUCUGAGAAUAAGUCUAAUCCAAACGAACCCAAAAAGGAGGACACAAAGCUAUCAGAUGGUGUUUCAUCUACUGGACCUACUAGCAGCAAUAACAACAAUUCUAGCAGUCAAUCUACUGGUGUUGCUUCUACUCCUGCGGCACAAGCUACACCAAUUUCUGGAUCUGUUCCUGGAUCUGUUCCUGGAUCUGUUCCUGGAUCUGUCCCUGGAUCUGCACCUGGAUCAAUUCCGGGAUCAGUUCCAGGGUCUGCACCUGGUUCAGUACCAACUACUUCAACACCUGCAAAUGCUGCAAAGAAUCCACAGGCCGGAGCAAUUCGUCAAUCUUGGGAACACGUUGAAGAAAUUAUGGGUAUCUUAAAGACUGCUUAUCCGUUAUUGGCUCUUUCUUUGGAAUCUUUGGUUGAUCAAAUAAACCAAAGAUUCAAGUGUACCGCUGACGAAGACGCUUACAGACUCGGUGUCGCCUUACUUAAUGAUGGUGUUCAAUAUCUUAACAGACUUGGAAACCCCAGAGAGGACGCCAAGCUUCCCCCUGCAACCGAGGCCAAUAUCACCAGAUUUGCUGAAACUGUAUUACCAAAACAAAUUCGUUCUGAAUUUGAAAAAGACUUGGUUAUUGGCAAGCCAAAUUUGGAAACUUAUAUUAUUAAGUUGAGAAAAUGGCGUGACCGUUUGGAGGAUAAACUCGAUAGAAGAUUCUCAGAAGUAAACUUGGAAAACCUUUGUCCUCAUUUAAGUGAAUUCCAUCACCAAAAGUUUGAGGAUAUCGAGGUACCAGGACAAUACUUGUUGAAUAAGGAUAGUAAUGCCCACUUUGUAAAGAUUGAGCGCUUCCUUCCAACUUUGGACUUGGUUCGUGGUACAAAUGCUUGUUAUAAGAGAUUGAAGAUUCGUGGCCAUGAUGGUAGUCUUCAUGCCUUUGCUGUCCAAUUCCCUGCCGCUCGUCAUUGUCGCCGUGAAGAAAGUGUUUUCCAACUUUUCCGUCUAUUUGGAGACACAUUAUCACGUAAGGUUGAGACACGUCGCCGGAACAUACAAUUCACUUUACCAAUUGCUAUUCCGUUAUCUCCUCAUAUUCGUAUUGUAAAUGAUGACUCCAGAGAUAUUACAAUGCAAAAGGUAUAUGAAGAUUUCUGUCGUCGUAACGGCAAGAGCCGUGAUGAACCAUUUGUUUACACUGUUGAAAAACUUCGUGCAGCAUUUGAUCCUCGUUUACCUAAGCCUGAUAUUAUGAGUAUCAAGGUUGAGAUUUUGAGUGCCAUCGAGUCUAUGUUGGUUCCAUCCACAGUAUUGAAAAACUAUUUCAUUGACCUUUACCCACAAUUUGAGGAUUUCUGGUUGUUCCGUAAACAGUUUACUGCGCAAUAUGCCUCUUUCAUCUUUUCUACGUACAUGAUGUGCGUGAAUACUCGUCAACCUCAAAAGAUUCACGUGAAUAAGGGCUCAGGUAGCGUCUGGACUUCAGAUAUGCUCCCAUGUAAGAUUGCAAGCAAGAAUGCAUCUCUUGAUGGAUCCCAAGGUGGAAAAGCAGCACCAUUAUUCUAUAAUGCUGAACUUGUUCCUUUCCGUCUUACUCCAAAUAUUCAAAAGUUGAUUGGAGAAACUGGGUUGGACGGAAUAUUAUCAGUCUAUGUUUUGGCAAUAGGUAGAGCACUUACUGAGCCUGAAUCUGAUUUGGAGCAGUACUUGACCUUAUAUGUGAGAGAUGAAGUCUUUUCUUGGUCUACUCAACAAGAUCCACCUCGCCCAAUUCCUCAAGAUGCACAAUUGAGAGAGAUUGUCAGAGUUAAUGUCGAUCUUAUCAUCAAGCGUGUUAUGUCGAUGGGCCACAUUUCAUCAGGUCCAACUACAGCAACUCAAAAUGUAUUGGAGUUGAUUUCACAAGCCGUAAAUCCACGCAAUUUGGCUGCGGCUGAUACUUUAUGGAUGGCUUACUUUUAA